GAGUACUUCUCUGUCAUGUUUACAGGUAACCUUAAGGAAGCAAAUCAGAAUGAAAUUCAGCUAUGCUCUGUCGAUGGGGAUGCCCUACAAAAUCUUGUGCAGUAUUGUUACACGGGUUCUAUCGAGCUACGAGAAGAUAACGUGGAGACGUUACUUGCAACAGCAUGUUUGUUGCAACUUAAUGAUGUCAUUGAAGCAUGCUGCACAUUUCUUGCAAAACAAUUGCACCCUUCUAAUUGCUUAGGAAUUGCUUUGUUUGCAGAACAACAAUCUUGCCCAACCCUCCUUAAGAAGUCUAUAAGUUACGUUCAUGAAAACUUCAUGCAAGUAUGGAGAGAUGAAGAGUUUUUGCGGUUAUCAGAUACUCAGUUAUCAGCAUUGCUCAGAAGUGAUGAUCUGAAUGUUAAUUCAGAACAGGAAGUUUUUCUAGCACUCAUGGAAUGGGUGAAUGAAGAUAAAGCCAAUAGAGAAAAACAUCUUCCACGCUUGUUAGAGUUUAUUCGUCUUCCAUUGCUUUCACCAACAUUCUUAGUUGAUCAAGUAGAUGUUUUGUGUGGUAACAUAUUGGAGUGUCAGAGACUUGUAGUGAAUGCACUGAAAUGGCAUUUAUUGCCCGAGAGGCGACCUUAUCUUGCUAACAAUUGGUCAAGGGCCAGAAAAGCUACUCUUGGUAAAGUAAUCGUAUUAGGUGGUGUUGAUGCCACAAGAGGAGCUACUCCCAUGGAAUUAUAUUGUCCGUGGAGUGACAAAUGGUCUUCCUUUGGUCUUAUGAGUGGUCGAAAAUUGCAGUUCGGAUCUGUGAUCAUUAAAGAUAAACUCAUGGUUGUUGGAGGUAGAGAUGGAUUAAAAACACUGAAUACAGUGGAAUGUUUAGAUUUAGUUAGCAUGACUUGGAGCAUGCUACCUCCGAUGAGCACACAUAGGCACGGACUAGGUGUUGCAAUCUUAGAAGGACCUUUAUACGCAAUUGGGGGUCAUGAUGGUUGGUCAUACUUGAACACUGUGGAACGUUGGGAUCCAAUUGCUCGCACAUGGUCCUACGUUGCACACAUGAUAUGUCAGAGAAAUUCUCCUGGUGUAGCUGUGUUGAAUGGAAAAUUAUACGCUGUUGGCGGUCGUGAUGGCGGUGGUUGUUUAAGUACAGUAGAGUGCUAUGAUCCACAUACUAAUAAGUGGAAAAUGUGUGCUUCUAUGAGCAUCAGAAGAGGUGGAGUUGCAGUGGGAGCUGUUAAUGGCUUCCUCUAUGCACUUGGAGGUCAUGAUGCGCCAGCAUCUAAUCCCAGUGCAAGUAGAUAUGACCUAGUAGAGAGAUAUGAUCCAGUCUCAAACAUCUGGACUCCUAUGGCUUCUUUGACUUGCUGCCGUGAUGCAAUUGGCGUCUGUGUGUUAGGGGAUAGAUUAUUGGCAGUUGGUGGUUUUGAUGGAUCUAAAUACUUAACUGCAGCCGAGGAAUACAAUCCUCAAACCAAUGAAUGGAAGCAAGUAUGUGAUAUGCUAGUGGGCCGUGCAGGUGGAAGUGUUGUAGUUAUGUCUAAUUCAUCGUUUCCCAACACUAUGAUUCCAGAAAUCAUAAAGAAGACAUCUCCACCUUCCACAACUGCUAAUGCUAAAUAA